UCAUCACAAUGAAUUGUUUCCCUUGAGUAAUCUUUCCCGCCAUUGAUGUUGAAUUGUGGGAACACGUGAAAACGAUCGACAAGAUGGCAGAUGUAGAAAAAGAUGAGCCCUCUCCGGCCGAAGACAUUGUUGUCACCAAAUAUAAAAUGGCCGGUGACAUGGUCAAUGGUUUACUCAAAGAGGUGAUUGAGAAGUGUGUGGACGGUGCAUCAGUGCUUAGUAUUUGCAUGUUUGGUGAUGACCGCUUGCUCGCAGAGACUGGAAAAGUCUUCAAAAAGGAAAAAGAGAUGAAGAAAGGUAUUGCCUUCCCCACAUGUGUGUCUGUAAACAACUGCAUCUGUCACUUCUCACCACUACGGACAGAUCCAGACGUCACACUCAAAACAGGGGAUCUUGUCAAAAUUGACCUGGGUGCACACAUAGAUGGGUUCAUAGCUGUUGUUGCUCACACUCUUAUUGUUGGUGCCUCAAAGGACAGUCCAGUAGAUGGCAGGAAGGCAGACGUCAUACUUGCUGCCCACAAUGCAGUUGAGGUGGCUCUGCGUAUGGUGAAACCAGGAGCAGAGAAUAACACUGUAACAGAUGCGAUACAAAAAGUUGCAGAAUCUUACAAGUGCAAACCUGUGGAAGGUAUGCUUUCCCAUCAGCUGAAGCGACAUGUGAUAGACGGCGAAAAGGCUAUUAUACAGAACCCAUCCGAAACCCAGAAAAAAGAACAUGAAAAGUGUGAGUUUGAUGUCCAUGAGGUUUACGGCAUUGAUGUACUGGUCAGUUCUGGAGAAGGCAAAGGGAGGGAGGUGGAGACCAGGACUACUGUGUAUAAAAAAAAAGACUUUGUUUACCAACUCAAAAUGAAGGCAUCAAGACUGUUCCUCAGUGAAGCUGAAAAGAAGUUUGGAUUAAUGCCCUUUACACUCAGGUUAUUUGACGAGGAAGUUAAGGCUAAGAUGGGGAUAGUUGAGUGUGCAAAACACGAUCUCAUGCAGCCUUUUGCAGUUCUAUAUGAAAAGCCUGGAGAGUUAGUUGCCCAGUUCAAGUACACAGUUAUCCUGAUGCCCAAUGGACCCUUGAAGAUCACUGGCCUGCCAUUCGAGGCUGAGCUGUACAAGUCGGAGCACUCGGUUGAGGAUGAAGACCUCAAGGCACUUUUGGCACAGUCGGCCUCAAGGAAAGCAGCGAAGAAGAAGAAAAAGAAGGCAGGAAAGGCGGUCCAGGAGCAGACAGAGGAAGCAGACGACUGAUCUCUGGUUUCCAUAGCAACCAUGUCUGAAUCGAAUAAAUCAGAAAUGUUAAUAAGCUCUCUUGUUACAGCACUGCUAAUAGUUAGUGAUGUGAAUGGUUAAUUGUUGAAAUAAUUUUCUGGAAAUCUGAGAGGUGGUAUUCUGAUUGGUAAACAAAUAUUUGAAGGAGCUGGUUGGAGACUAUCUUGUGCAUGGAUUUCGUAUUUAUUAUGACAAGUUUCUGCGGUAGUGUUCAGUUUACAAAGUGCUAUGUUUCUAUAAAAUGUUCAUUUUCAUCUAUCAAGGGAAAGGUCAUUUACUUAUUUAUGGGGAUUUGAAAUUGCAUUGCAUAAAAAAACAUCAAGCCUAUUAUAUAUACACAUGCUGCUAUUUUUGGGAAAUCAUAGUCCAUGUCAUUCUGAAACUUGUUGGUAGUUGCACAGUACUUGUGAACUGACAUCCUGAUGCUAAAAUAUGGAUCAAACAUUUAAAAAAUAGAAUAUUGUAUUUUAUUGCAUGCAAAGUAAAUGCAGCUGUGGAAAAAGUCUAGAUGAAAUAAUUGGAAGUUAUUUUCAAGAAAUGAAUUUUCAAAUAAAGCUGGUGGAAAAAAUAA